GUUUCAACUGGGUUACAUUGAUCCUGGACCGGUCAUCCUUUUGGUCCGAAUAGUAGAAAAUUGGAUCAAAAAAGUUCGGUGUCAUGGUGACUGAAAGGAGGUGAAGUUGUGGAGAUGCGUUCUAGUCAUAAGUCAUUUGCUCCUAAUCAGCCUAUACUCUCAUAUAAUACAGCAUCACCUCUGACUCGAAGUGGGUCGAGUAGCGCCAGGCCGUUAAAUCGUUACGAUCAGCUUUCUAAUAAAGCACAGCAGAAUCAGUACAGGGACCGAGGAUCGUUUCUACGAGAAACAAGUAGAGAAGAGGCAGUGACAGAUUAUGCUGCUCGAUCAAAAGACGUCCGCCGAUCAUCCGACGAUAGAAAAGCUCAAGAUGGCGCCACAAAUUCGAGAAUUCCUCGUAGCGAAGAAACCAACGCUCUCUUGGAACGUUAUGGAGUCAGAAAAUCUUCAAAUGCUCAAACUGCUGCGCAAACUUAUCUUCAACAGCGCAGACAACAACAGCAGCAAUCAACUCCAGAUCCAGGGACUUCUGCAAGGAGAAGCCUAGAAGGUGGUGGUAGUACAUCAACAAUGGGCGACGUGGUGCCUAAAGCGGAACUUCCCAAAUUCAAAGAUCAAAAGCAAACCAGUCAGGAGGAACAAAUUACACAAAGCGAAUAUAUAGCUCGGUUACUGGCAGCGCAUAACCGCGUGGAUGAGCUGCUUAAAUCUCGAGGUUUAAGUGCUGAGGAUGAAUCCAAGUAUUUACGUGCUUGGAAGAGGAUACCAAUCCUUCGCAAACAGAAUAGAGUUCCGACGACUGGUAAUUCAAGCGAUUCUGGCCUUUCUACAGACGACGAGAGUGAGCCGAGUACCUCGGAAAGCUUGAAAGUAAAAGACGUAAGCUAUAAUGAAGAUAUCAUAAAACAAGAGGUGUUCGGAGAAUGCAUGAUAGUUAUGGCGAUUCCACCUUCAACACUUCGUUCUUCGUUGACUUGUCGACCAGCGACUACAAAAUCUGCCGACGCAUCCUUUUCGUUCGGUCGCAAACCGUCAUUUAGGCCAUUGUCGCGAUCUCGAACUGUGAAAAUUCAUCAUAUAGAAGAAAAAGAGUUUGUUUGCUUAUCUUCUUCCUAUGCUGUGCAGGGAACAACACAUUCCCUCAAGCGAAGGCAACAGUCCGCUGCGGUGACUAAAGUGAUGCCAUGUGUAAGAAAAGGAGCUCCGAUCAAAGCAGUAUUCAAGGCAAAAUCAGUAAGGUUCAAAGAAACUCCAGUUGAUCUCGAACUUGGUGAACCAAGCAAACUUGAGAAGGUUCACUCCGAAGUGAAAUCGCAUUUAAAAACAAGGCUAGUAAAGCCAGCUCCAGUUGUAGUACAGCAGAAGACUGUGCUUUCAAAUUUAGUAUGCAGAGCAAAGUCAACCAUUCCCUCCAAUGCGGAGAUAUCAAUACAGCACUGCAGUUUCUAUCAGGUAGCGGAAAAAGCCAUACAAGCUCCACCUGAGAAGAACGUCAGGCUCAACCUGAGACUCACAGAGCGUGCACCUAAAAAUUGCUCUACAGUAAUUGCUCUGCCCACAACGACGCGCCCACAGUUCGCACAUCUGGCUAUAAGCACUGGAAGAAGGAAGGUUUUGCGGCGCUCAAAAACUGUAGAGAUAGGCCCCGAAAGAGCCACUGACAAACUACAGCGUUCGCUAAGCGCAGAGAGACAAGUUGGUAAGCUUCAUCGUUCUUUAUCUCCUGAGAUCGCAAAGGAGUCAAAACAACAGAGAAAAGUGAAUCGCUUGGUCAUCCCCGACUCGUUCUUGCAUCUAACAGAAUUCAAAAACUUUACAUCACAAGAAAAGAAUGAAAUGAAAGGAAAGAACGAUUUAGAACCGCCAAAGGAAAUCUCAAAAGGACAAACAGAGGAAACAACGAUUCUAGCCCCUGCCUCUGAGAAGCCAAAGAGAAAAAAUGUUAUUCGACGAAGAACACCUCCGAGCACAUCGACGACUAGUGACAUACUCAAAUUGAAAGACGGAAUUUCUGUUAGAUCACAAAUAGCUCCACCUACCCGUGUGACCAUCAAAGCACAGAAAAAUGAACUCAAAAUAGUCGAACCCACUCAUGUAUCCAUUAAAGAGCAAAAAGAUGAACCCAAGACAGCUUCGACAGCCACCAGCAUCCGAAAAACCUCUUUAAACUUUGGUGGCUCCCUAGAUCGUGCCGCGACAUCUAGGGCGGCCGUAACUCAUCGAGAAUUCGAAAUCGCGGAGAUGUCGCCGACAGAUCGCGCUUUAGUUGAGCAAUUUAGACAGAAGAAGCAUAUUCCUCGACCAAAGGUGCUCCCACAUGCUUCACUUCCUUCUCCUCCAAUAACUCCAACGAUACCGCCCAAUCAACUUCCCGUGCCAAAGCAGGCAGAAUUUAUGCGUUUCCCUACGCCACCACGCAUACCUCUGCAGACACCUCGACAAUCGUCGCCAGGCGCUGCUGCGAUUUGCUUAAGAAGGGUGUACCGCACAGUGAAGCAGCUAUCAACAAAGGAGCAUUUCUUGGAAUUUCCAACCUUGAAAAAAGUGGAUCACACCCCAAAACCUCCACCGAAACUUAGGCGAUCUCAAACAUGGACUCCAAGCUGGAGAAGAAGUGCUGCCGACGAAGAAAGUGGAAAAAAGAACGAGGAAGUGGCGCUCUCAAAGGGUGAUACCGUCAAAGGAGCACUGAUUAGUGGCAAUGGCAACGUAGAAACCGUGAGAUCCACUGCCGCUAAACAGAAGCCCCAGACCAAGGAGAAACUGAAAACUCCCCAAAACUUCAAGGAAAUCCUGUGUGCAGAAAAGAGGAAGGAAGGGUACGUCAAGGAGAUAAUUAACAGACAAGAAAAACCAAGACUGGAAAGCAAUGAAGCUGAACGUCGAAAACAGGACGAACAACGUAGUCCCAUCAAGGAAGGACGGGAGUUGGCACAAGAAAAGAGAACGUCCAAAAGAGGAGAGAGCGGAUGCAAGCAGCAAAGUUUCUCUCAACUGGUCGCUACGGCGGGGAGAUUUAUCACCAACAGAGGUAUCAAUAAAGGUGUCAGUGAAAAGGCAGCGAAAAUAGCCAAAGUACAGCAGACGGAUGAGAAGAAAAUAAACCCUCGCAAUGUCGAGAAAAAAGUCCCACUUACAUACAAGCUGACAGAUGUUCAUUCUACAAAAACCGCAAAUCUGCCAGAGCGAACGGCAAGCUCGAAGCAAAAAACCUCCCUGCUGAAGAAUCCAACUAAGGUCAAGUUCUGAGUUGACGAGCUCGAGCUCUAUUUGGUUGAACCUCCUCUUCACCCACCAAGUUUAAACGACGAAGAAAUUGGAUGUUAUUUAAUGGCAUUACAUUACGUUACUAUAUAAGGAGCUGGGCUUCUAGAGCAUGCAAGUCUUGAGUUGUUGUGUGCACCUGUUCAGCUCUUAUCUCCUACGUUUUUUCUUCUAUGGAUGGUUGUUGCAACAUUUUUCACAGAAAUUAAAGUCUUUGUAGCAUUGAUUACUCCUUCGUCGCCAAUUAGCGACUUCUGGAGGAGUGAUGAAAUCGAGCAAUGAAACAAAGCAAUACCCAGAUUAGGUUCCAGUUCUCUUAUCGUUGUACAUUUCAGUUAUUUAUUCUCUCAUGUGUGUGAAAAUGGUUUGAACCAAAUAAAUG